UUGAUUUCCAUCUUGCAAUGACCCUCUCCAGUGAUUUGUAGACAUCGCAAACAACGUGAAGUGAAAGUGAAAGGAUCGGAUAUUCUUUGAAUGCAUGCAUGUCGGAGAUCUUGUGGUCGAACUGUGUUUAAAUUUCAUACACUUGGGUUGCUACGUGUUUAAGGUUAUGAGCGUGAACAUAAGAUCAACAACUAGCACUACAACAACUACAACAACUACAACGAUAUAGUUAUCGUGUAAAACGGACAGCCACAAAGUUUGAUUAUGCCGGGAACGUCAGUGAGUGUGCAGAUUUUGGUGUCUGUGCUUCUGAUUUGCUUGUUAGACUGGAAUGGUUUUGUGAAAUGUCAUUCCAGUGUAACCAUUCCAAAACUGAUAUUAGUGUCAAUGGACGGAUUCAGAUGGGAUUACUUGACUAAAUUGCCAGAAAAAGAUGUGUCAAAUUUCACCUUUUUAAUACGAAACGGUGCUUCGGCCAGUAAAGGUAUGAAAAAUGUCUUUGCCACUAAGACUCUACCAAACCAUGUGACUUUGGUGACUGGAUUAUAUGCAGAAAGUCAUGGCAUUGUGGCAAAUGAGUUUUAUGAUCCCGAUUUCAAAGAAGUCUAUGAAAUUAAUAAUCCAUCGCAAAUGGUGGAUUCUAAGUGGUAUGACACUGGACCAGAACCAAUAUGGGUGACAAAUCAAAAGGCUGGGGAAGAGCGGCGUUCCGGAUCUGUUUUUUGGCCUGGGUGUGGAGCUGUUCAAAAAGGCCGACUUCCAUCAAAAUACUUAUUAUUUGACAAAAGAAUGGAUUUCAACACCAGGGUGGAUAUUUUGGUAUCCUGGUUUGUUUCAAAAGAGCCCAUAAACCUGGGUCUGCUGUACAUAAAUGAGCCAGACCACACAGGCCAUAAAUAUGGACCAAAUAGCACCAACCUUGUUAAGAAGAUUAAAGAGUUGGAUGGGGUCCUGGGUUAUCUUAUUAAUAAACUGAAAAAGCAUGGUAUCUGGGAUGAUAUAAAUAUUAUAGUGACAAGCGAUCAUGGGAUGACAUCAACACCUGCUGUAAAAGACAUCAACAUAGACAACUAUAUCUCUCCAAACAAGUACAGAGUUUGGACGGGAAACCCAGUUGCUCUUGUAUUACCAAACAAAAAUGAAAGCCAGUCUGAUGAUGAAGCUUUGAAGAAGGUGCCUCAUGUGACGGUGUACAAGAAGCAAGACAUCCCUGCCUAUUACCACUACAAAAACAGUCGCAGGGUGACCCCCAUAUUAGUGGUGGCUGACCCUCAUUACAGCUUGAGCUUCAACAAAAGUGUAGUCAACAAAACUGUUGGUAACCAUGGAUACAACAACAGCUUUUCAGAUAUGCACCCAAUUUUCAUGGCACAUGGCCCAGCAUUCAAAAACGUAACUGUGGAGGGUUUCUCUAACACGGAUGUGUACGCGAUGAUGGCCUAUGUACUGAACAUCCCCCCUGCCGCAAACAAUGGCUCUUUAAGUGCAGUGAUGGCUUUGUUAAAGCCACGAGAAUCUUCAGGGGGAAUAACUGUCACAUAUUUUGUGGUCAUUCCCAUUGUCCUGUGUGUGGCGGCCUUGUUGUCAGUUGCAGCAUGUCGUCAUCGCAAAUCCUCUCACAGAUUGUGAAAGGCCCGGGGGUUUACCCUGGGUACCCGAGCAGCACUCUGCACACGUCACUCAUGUCCGACAGUGAGGAGGAAUUAGGAGAUGUCUGAUCUCCUUGUGCUGGACAUCAGCUUAAUUCAUGGCAUAUAGGUGAUAGAGUUUAGCCCUGAUGACUACGUGAGACCCUAGAGGUGACGAUGCUGCGUGGCCCUUUCUGAUGCAGUACAACGUUUGUUGAAGAUAGGUUGUCUUCCCCUGGCACGGUGUGCAUUUCAGUGUACUACAUAUGAGAAAGAUUGCUGGUAACUGUUAAAGGUCGCUGUAUCCUGGCAUUCUGGUUUCCCACCACCCAAAAAGCUGACCGCCAGAGUAUAAAAUUCAUGAAUAUGGCAUUAAACAACAAUCAAAUAUAUAUAUAUAUAUAUAUAUAAGUAACAUAGCAUGCCACAUGCAGAGAAUGCUUAUGCUAAGUUUUGUACUUGCAAAUACAGAUACAUAAUAUCACAAAUCCAUUACCUAGAAGUAUGCAACUUCCCUAUAGCUAGUCUCCACAGAAUUUUACAUUCUGCUUCGCUAACACAUUAUGUAACGUAUCUGCACAGCCAUGUAUUUUUUUCUCUUUAUUUGGCAGCAAACAUUUGAGAAACUGCUGAUGCAUGAUGGGAAAAUAUGUUCAAAACGCUGUUGUGGUGAAAUAGACUUUAAAAAAAUAACAACAACGGAGAGGUUUGUAAAAGGACAGCAUUGUCUUUGAUAGUAAUUGUGUUGAGUUGCUUGGAAAUGGGUCAGUGGGUUCUUAACUGCAUAGCAACAAUGAUAUGCGAAAUCGUUUCGGAGUUUCGGAGCCGUUUACAUUAGAUUUCCCAGGAUUCCGAUUACAAUUUCCACUUAAGAGGUGCUGUGGAGACUAGCAAUAGAGAAAUUGCAUACUUCUGGGUAAUGGACUUCUGAUAACACUCAUUUGCUGUUUUCCCCCCUCUUUUAGGUAAACUUGUUCUUCUUUCUAAGUUUCCACUUGAUGCCAAUAACUUUGCAUGUGAUUGUAGUUAAUUUGCGCUGUCAUAAUAUAACAGCAUUUCUCAUGCCUUUGAACAAAAAAACGUGGUAUCAUGUAAAGUAUAAUAUAACUAAAGGGUUAGCAAUCUGAAACUACAUAAGUCUAUAUUACGCAUUCUACUCACUUUAUUUUUUACUUCCUGGUGAAAAUACUCCCCAUAACUGAGAUAUGAUUUUAAUCUUCCAACCCAAUGGACUGCUGAUACACUAGGCUGGCCUGUAGGCAUUUCACCAAAGGAUGGUGGUUUUCUCCAAGUUUCUUGCAGCAGUGAAACUGACCCUUUUCGUCUAAUUGAGACACCGCAUAUCUUGUUAUUCUCCGCCCACUUUUUAGGGCUUUACCCCAGGUGUAAUGCGCAUGAGUUUCACAGGUGUGAAAUGGGGGAUUGGGUAAUGCUAUCCAGCGAGAACUUAAGGUCAACUUCACAUAGGGGAACUUAACUCGGUCAGAGAUAUUCACAG